ACCCGAGCGCUGCAGCGACUUCAUUUUGGAUUCCUGCCGUUUGCCAGAAAUUCUGGGGGGACCGAGAGUUACAAUCCAUGCAUUUAUGAAGUGUAUUUCUUCUUCUUCUUCUUCUUCUUCUUCUUCGAUUUUUCUUCUUUUAUUGUGGACAUAAAAUCCCUCCUGUUUACUUUACAGCAUCCCCAUCGCACUGGUCCACCUUCGAUGGAAGACACUUAAAAGCCUCCUCUUGCCGCCCUGGUUCAUGAUCUCCCCUGUGACAUCGCAGCUGGUGUUCUUGGAGCUCUUCUUUCAGCUGAAGGAAGAACCCCGGAGCUUUUCCCAGUGAGAUACACUUCGCGCUAUUCUGGCUUUUUAUUUUCCUUGUCCCGAUUGUAUCAGCUCAGGUUGGCGAGCAUGGGGUUGCUUCGCAGGAAAUUGAUGCUUCUGUUGCUCCUGGUGGCCUUUACUUUCGCUGCUGUCAUCGCAGACGCAUCGGGUGAAGAUGACAACGUGGAUACCUGGCUGAAGUUUAUGGCCGAGACAUCGGGCUCAGACGCCGACCCCGAUUAUGAUGCCGAAACCGAUGGUACUCCAGCGUCCGGUUCACAUUAUGAAAAUUCGUUUGUAACAGAGCGAGAUAACCACACCCCUGACGGAACGAAGUCAGAAGCUACAGCGAAUGGUAUGUUUGUGAAGUUUCCGAAGCCUAAAGGCAAGUCCAGGAAAAUCACAGUCUCUAAAUUUGGGAAAGACGACUUCAUCACCAUCAAUGCUGCCCUCGACUCCAUAGCCGAGCACGAAAGACACCGCACCGUCAUACACAUUCGGGAGGGCGUCUACGAGGAGAAGAUCGUGAUUAACGCAUCGAAGCCAUACAUCACGUUUCGGGGCGACGGCCUGGAUAAGACCAUCAUCCAGUGGGGCGACCAAGCUGGUGAUUUUGACGACGAUGAUCAGAUGCUCAAGACUUACAGAAGCGCCACUGUAGGAGUGAGCUCCCAAUAUUUCAUCGCUGAGAACAUUCAGUUUCGGAACACGGCCCCCCAACCGCCUCCAGGUGCUGUACUGCGACAAGCAGUGGCGCUGCGCAUAACGGGCGACAGAGCGGCAUUUUACAAUUGCGCCUUCUACGGAUUCCAGGACACGUUGUAUGACCACAAGGGCAGGCACUACUUCGAGAACUGUUACAUACAAGGCUCCAUCGACUUCGUUUUCGGCAACGGCCGAAGUUUGUACAAGAACUGCCAUCUGCACUCGGAGGCGAAAGUCUUCGGCUCCGUGACGGCCCAGAAGAGGAACGAGAGCCACAUGAACACGGGGUUCUCCUUCGUGGACGCGUCCAUCACCGGCAGAGGCCCGAUCUACCUAGGCCGAGCGUGGGGGAACUUCUCCCGUACCGUUUUCUCCUACACCUGGAUGGACAACAUUGUCUACCCGCCCGGAUGGUCCGAUUUCGGCUUCGCCGACCGCCAAAAGAAGGUGUUCUACGCGCAGUACAACUGUAGAGGCCCCGGAGCGUACUCCAAGGAAAGGGUGGCGUGGGUGCGGGAGCUGACCGCCGAGGAGGCGAAGCCCUUCCUGUCGGUGCACUUCAUCAACGGCAAGACGUGGCUGAAGAAAUUCCUUGGCAAGUCGAAGAAGUCGAAGCGGCAUUGAUUGUUCCGCCCAGGUUUGAAGAUGAAUCGUGCCCCGGGUGCGCAGCCCACAGUGGCAUGCGCCGCUUGACGUAGAGCCAGGUUUGUUUGUUGGAGACUAUGACGACGAUGACGCGAUCCUCCACAACCAUCGACUAUGUGCGCGUCCGUUAGCAGAUUUGUGUGGAGCCCACCCACACCGACAUCGAGAGAGCUAUGACGCCGUUCGAAGGAAGGGCCGGGAGGUGUUGCAUCCGAUCUGAGGCUCGUGUGACCCAUGUUGUCAGAUUGGCCCCAUUCUUGGCCACUUACUAUUGUUUCUUCCCAUUUACAAAUGAAUUACUGUUUCCCAACCA